GGGGUUACUUGGAGCCGGCGCUGCCGCCGCUGAGGGCGCGGGGUGGGCUGAGGGGCCAUGCCGCCGCCGCGGUGAGUGCGGGGGGUGGCGGUCCUGAGCCGCGUGGGACGGGGGCGGCGGGGCGACCCGGGCGGGGAGAGGGCGGUGAGCUGAACUCGACCGGCGGGGACGGAGCUCGGGGCUGGGGGCUGCGCGGCGCCGGAUGGAAGGCGGUGUAGUUUUGUUGUUGUUCCUGUGCCUUUGGGUGCAUACGUUGUACCAUCGAGGCUCCCUUUCCCUCCGUGCAAAUGCUCGCUGUGUUACGUGGCUGGGCUCCAGCCCUUCUAGUGAGUUCCCGCGGCGUUCUCCUUCCUUUUUGCGUGUUGAGCUUAUAAAGGAGGCUGCGGCUGGAGGGAGUGACAGCAAACGACCCGCUUUGGGAGGCAGUAGAAGCCUCCGUCCGUUGGUUGUGCGAGGACGGGGCUCGGCAGCUCGGGCUGUGCUGGAUCCUGGCCCUGCGGCGCGCUGCCCUCAGGAGCCGAGCGCGGGCUGCUGCCUCCGCCUGCACAGGUGUGCUGAGCCCGGCUGUGAGAGGCCCGGCACCACCCCAGGUGUAAAGCAGCCCCUGCUCUUCUGGAGGCAAAAAAAAAAAAAAAAAAAAAAAAGAGAUCUCGUGACCUGGCUUUGAUGCUGCCCUGUCGAUAAUCUGUGCUUUAUCCGUGUUCGGAGAGUUGCUUUCUGCUUGAAGGCUGGGUGAAAUCUCCUAAUUCCAGUACAGCAAUUACGCAGGAUCAUCAGCACUGCACUAAUAUGCUUGUUUGCUCUGGAACAUGCGUUUCAGCUAAGGUCAAAUCCCUCCUCUCCUUGCUUAGAAAGAGCAGUCUGUAGGUAACGUGAGAUAUUUUGGGUACUUUCUGAUCCAGCAUCUGUGGGUUUUUUUUGUUUUUUUUUUUUUCUUUUAUGGCUCUCAUCUGAAUAGUAACCUGCUCCCAGGCAUCUCUGGUUAGAGUAAGCCAAUCUUUGUGCUUAGGAAAGGAUAGUAGCAAUCCCCCCUGCUGUGUCUCUGCUAUCUGUGUUACCUGCAGCUGUGAGGCAGUCCAGCUGGGAUCCCUAGACCUGGCUUUAGAGCAGCACAAAGGACCAGGUGUUUCCAGAUAAGAGGCUUUUGAUUAGCACGCGAUUGGCCUCCCCUGGUAAGACUGUCUCUGCAGCACUGCAUGCCUCCUGCAUAAGCUUUGACUCAUCCCUGGGUAAGAUAAGCUCCUGUGGAGUUUUAGGAGCUCUUCUGCAGCAGGGAGGGAAAGUAAUAGUGCUGCAGCUCUAGUGAGCCCUCAUCUCUUAGCCUCGUGGGGGAAGCCAGCAGGCUGCCUGACCUGUUGUCAGUUAGGCAAUGCUCAGGGCAGAUCCCAGUCCUUCUGCUUUCUAAUCACUUUGUUUUGAAGGACUCAAAUCAAUACUGGGUUAUGCAAGGAAAGGAGUUCCUGGUAGGUUACUGUGCGUCGUGAGACAGAAUGAGUGGAUGUCAUCAUCCUUCUCCUAGUGAUGUAAAAUAAUAGUAGGUAUGAUGUGUGUUUCAAGCUUUCUGGGAGGAUGGAAGCCCCCAGACUGCCAUGACAAGGGAAAUAAAGGCAAAUGAUGAGUAUGUAGAAAGCAGUAACUAGUGAAAUAACGGUUUUGAUGGCAGACAGAGUGUGUGUAGAGCAGGGCAAGCUGUGCAUCAAAUGCAUGGGAAGACUAGGAGUAUAUGAGCAGAUGUUUAAAAUGAGGAAUUUGGAUCUUCAAGCAAGAGAAUAGCACAUAGCAGUGGCAAAAAGAACAGAGGGAGGAUCAGUCUUACUGAAGUUACCUUCAGGUUGUGUGAAGGAUUGCAACCUAAGCAGCUGUCAGGCUGUUUGGCAGCUGUGUGUUGAUUACAGAAGCAGGAAAGUAAGGGGAGCCUUCCAACUGAAGGAACAAGGUCAAAUGUGGGGGUUGGACCAGGUGACCUCCUGAGGUCGUUCCAACCUCAACUGUUCUGUAAAACUUUGAAGAGUAGGAAAAGGUCAUAAUUCUUUUCUGUGGCAGUUCAGCUUAUAGGCUUCCUAAGCUGUUCCAUCUCUCUGGCCAGGCAGCACUGGUAUCACUCAAGUAAUGCUUUAUUUUGGGGAGAUGCUGCUCUGUUUCUCUCUGUUAAAGAGCAAAAAUAUGCUCAUAUGCUUCAAGUACGAAAAUUCCUGUGUUUUUGUUUCCUCAAAAAAGCGUUACAAAGGUAAAGUCUGUUUCAAUCCUUGUUAAAACAAGAAAUGCAAAUACUCUCCUGAUUCUUAUAUAAUGCUCCAAAACAUAUGGUGGCUUAUGGAGAUAAAUGCAUCUGCUGUUGCAGCUACUGUGUUAAUGUAUGCUAUCAGUGCAAAGUCUUUGGCUGUUAAUCUGGUGCUUAGCAGCAUGAGAAAAUGCAUUUGUUUGGCUUAUUUUGUGUAAAAGUUAAUGGUGUCUUUCAGCUGUGCUCCAGCAUGUUUCUCGUGUGAGUUAGUAUUGUCUAAUAAUUAGUGUAGAUACUUUGAACGCUGUGAAAACUGCGACAAAGCAGGGAAAUUAGGAAGCUGCUGAUACUCAGCCCUUUCUUGUGCAGUCUAGGGAUAUUCUGCAAUCAGAUAGUUUGCAUGUUUGAAGCUGGAAUACAGUGCUUGGGGGUGAAUCAACUUUUCCACUGUUAAUACAAGCUAGAAAUCUCUAAUCCAGGCAGCUUCAAAUUUCAUACUGAAGGCUGUGUGUGUGAGCAAGGAAUAGGUGUGCAGGCUCUACGUGUCGCUUGCAGGUUGGUACUUGGAUGCCUCUACCUGGCAUAGGGCAGGUAAUUGAGAAUGGGUCCUCAACGAUGCUGAAUGUACAAUGGGAAGUGUCACGCUUCGCUAUUUCUGUUAUGGGUGCCUUUUCACAUCGGUGACCUGGACGCUUCUGCUCUUUGUUUAUUUCAACUUCAGUGAAGAGAACCAAUCCUUCAAGAAUGUGCCCAUCAAGGGGCUAGAACCUCAGAAGCCAUUUCCAAAAAAAUUCUACCCCCGUUUCACUCGGGGACCAGUUAAUAUACCUGAAUUGCAACAGAAAGAAAGUAAGUUUAGAAAUCCUAUUGGAAAUCAUGUCCAGGACCCAGUAAAGGGGGAGAGAGACUUCUCUCCUGAAAUGGGAAUGAUUUUUAAUGAAGAAGAUCAGGAGGUACGAGACUUGGGCUAUCAGAAGCAUGCUUUCAAUAUGCUCAUCAGUAACCGGCUGGGAUACCACAGGGAGGUACCUGAUACAAGAGAUGCAAAGUGUAGAGAGAAAUCCUACCCUUCUGAUCUGCCAUUUGCCAGUGUUAUCAUUUGUUUCUACAACGAAGCACUUUCUGCCCUGCUUCGCACGGUGCACAGUGUCCUGGAUCGCACUCCUGCUCACCUUCUUCAUGAAAUUAUUUUGGUGGAUGACAACAGUGAACUGGAUGACUUGAAGAAAGACUUGGUUGAGUAUGUUAAAACUCGGCUUCCCAAAACAACAAAACUAGUAAGAAAUGAGAAACGAGAAGGCUUGAUUCGAGGAAGGAUGAUUGGAGCCUCUCAUGCUACAGGAAAAGUGCUGGUAUUCCUGGACAGUCACUGUGAGGUGAAUGAGAUGUGGCUGCAACCUCUGCUGACUCCAAUCAAAGAAGACCGCAGGACUGUGGUGUGCCCUGUGAUUGACAUCAUCAGCGCUGACACACUUACCUACAGCUCUUCCCCAGUUGUGCGUGGAGGGUUUAAUUGGGGCCUGCACUUUAAGUGGGAUCUUGUUCCUCUGUCAGAGCUUGAAGGACCUGAGGGAGCCACUGCUCCAAUCAAAUCACCCACUAUGGCUGGAGGCCUGUUUGCCAUGGACCGUGAGUACUUUAAUGAGCUUGGACAGUAUGACAGUGGCAUGGACAUCUGGGGAGGAGAAAAUCUGGAAAUAUCUUUUCGGAUUUGGAUGUGUGGAGGUCGGCUUCUGAUCAUUCCCUGCUCCAGAGUGGGACACAUUUUCCGUAAAAGACGUCCCUAUGGCUCUCCAGGGGGACAGGACACUAUGGCUCAUAAUUCAUUGAGGCUGGCACACGUGUGGAUGGAUGAAUAUAAGGAGCAGUAUUUUGCUUUGAGACCUGAGCUAAGGACAAGGAACUAUGGAAAUAUAACUGAUCGUGUAGAACUGAGAAAAAGAUUGAACUGCAAGUCAUUCAAGUGGUAUUUAGAUAACAUCUAUCCUGAGAUGCAAGUAUCCGGGCCCAAUGCCAAAGCUCCGCAGCCAGUUUUUAUUAAUAGAGCACAAAAACGACCAAAAAUAAUCCAGCGUGGAAGGCUGUAUCACCUUCAAACCAACAAAUGCCUGGUUGCACAGGGCCACCCAAGUCAGAAAGGAGGCCUGGUAGUGGUUCGGGAGUGUGACUACAAUGAUCAAAACCAGGUGUGGAUUUACAAUGAAGAUCAUGAGCUGAUUUUAAAUAACCUCCUGUGUUUGGAUGUGUCAGAAACUCGCUCGUCCGACCCUCCUCGCCUUAUGAAGUGCCACGGCUCCGGUGGAUCGCAGCAGUGGACCUUUGGGAAAAACAACCGCCUCUACCAGGUCUCGGUAGGGCAGUGCAUGAAGGUGGUGGACCCGCUCAGCCACAAAGGCUACGUGGCCAUGGCCAUCUGCGAUGGCUCCCUUCCUCAGCAGUGGCAUUUCGAGAGCUGAGGCAGUGAGCCAAGAGGAGCAAAGCCGGGCCUGGCUUCCCCUGCAGCCACCGUCAGUCACCGCAGAGCGCUGUGCUGGGAGCCCAUGGCUGCUACAGACACCACCAGCACAGGGAGGACCCUUCGGAUGCUCUGCAGUGAGGAGCUCGGGGAGCCCAUGGGCUGCGCCGGAUGCAGCAGUAAUGGCAGCAGUUUCCUGGGUUAGCCUGGAUUAUUGGACUGGUUUUCAGUAAGAGAAAUUAUUAGAGCAAUGUAAUUUAAAUGGUGAGAUUUUUAGCUUUGUGGGUCUCUUAAAUGACAGAAAGGCGUUCAUCUUUGAGUAUUCCACGUGCAGCAUCUCGGUAAUUUGUGUUUUUAGUAUGGUUUUACUGGACAAAUUAUUUUACUUUACCUGGAAAGUAUUUUUAAUUCCCUUUAUCUUCUGGAAAUUGUCAUUUGUAAUAUUUAAGUUCUUUUAAUUUACAAUUUUAGAACGUUUCACAUAGCUGAAAUCCUUAGCUGCCAUUGUCACCUCCUAUUUAAAACAAAGUAACUAUUACAAAGUCUAUUUUGAUGACUCAUGACCUAGCUGCAUAUUAAAUAAAGUAUCUGUUUUUUAUGA